AUGGCCAUCACGCCGACGCAGUUCGCCAAGAAGACGGCGCAAUCGGCCAGCUGGGCGGAUGCGAAGCGCCGAGUCCUCUCCUCCUACCGCGAAUGGAUGCGAGCCGCACCCGAGAUCCAGACCAUGUACAACAUCCCGCUGCCCAUCUCUGCCCUCCGCACCCGGGUAAGGCAAGAGUUUGAGCAGAACCGAUUCGUCGCGAAGCUCCCAGUCGUCGAUGUGCUUCUUUUCAAGUCGCACGCAGAAUACCAGGAGACGAUGAACUUCUGGAAGCAGACGACGCACGUCAUGUCCUACUUCAAGGAGGAGAACUUCAGGGGCGAUCACAGACGGCCAUCGAACUUUAUGCAGGGGUUCCUGGAGGGUCGGAAUUAG